AUGGCAGCUACGACCAAAAAAACACUCAAGCACGGCGAAUAUACAGUCGCAAUCAUAUGCCCGCUGGAGGUAGAAAUGAGCGCCGUCCGGUACAUGCUUGACGACGAGCACGCCCGGCUACCGAGCAAGGCCGGUGAUUCAAAUCGAUACAUUUUCGGCGAGAUGAGUGGACACAAUGUGGUCAUCGGAUUCUUGCCGGAGGGCUCUCAAGGAAUUGGUACUGCCGCCACGGUGGCCACGGAUAUGAGGCGUACAUUUCCUACCUGCCGCCUGCGCCUGCUCGUGGGCAUCGGCGGAGGGGUGCCGAGUCACACGAAUGACGUUCGUCUAGGUGAUGUGGUGGUGGGGAUGCCCUCUGGCACACAUGGAGGUGUGGUCCAGUACGAUCUAGUGAAAGAGACGAUAACGGGAUUCGAGCAGAAAGGGUCUCUAGAUGCUCCACCGAAGAGUUGGCGGGAUGCUGUUGUGGAAAUGAAGUCGGAUCAUCGAGUCAAGAAGAAUCGAAUAUCCGAAUUCUUGUCGGAAAUGGUACACCGAUACCCUCAAUUGAGCACGUAUCGGCCUCCAGCUUCAGAGAAGGAUAUCCUUUUCCUACCCGAUAAUGUACAUGUGUCUGGCCAGAUGACCUGCAAGGAAUGUGACAAAGGUCGGGUGGUUGAGAGGACUACUCGACAUUCAGAUAGUCCAACCAUCUUCUAUGGGCUAAUCGCGUCAGGGAAUCGAGUGAUGGAGAACGCGAAAACGAGAGACCGGGUCAGUAACGAUGCGGGCGGUGUCCUUUGCUUCGAGAUGGAGGCGGCAGGAUUGGUGAAUGACUUUCAGUGUAUCGUCGUUCGAGGCAUUGCUGACUACGCGGACUCGCAUAAGAAUGAUGAUUGGCGCGCAUACGGGGCCGCAGUGGCAGCCGGAUGCGCGAAAGAGCUUCUGACGUACAUGGUGCCCGUUAUUGAGACCAGACCUGCGCAGUAUUCCACCAUUCCCUACCAAAGAGUUAAAGACUUUAUUGGUCGAGACGAACAGUUAACUCAGAUCGCUUCCUACUUUUCGUCUCCCAAUGUUAACCGACCUCGAAUCCUGAUCCUUCACGCAAUGGGAGGACAAGGUAAGAGCCAGAUCGCUCUCGAAUAUUGUCGGCAAACGAAUACAGUCUAUCGGGGUCUCUUUUGGGUCAACGCUCGGUCGGAGUCCACAGCGGUACAGUCGUAUGUCACCAUUGCCCAAGUGCUCGAUGCAUCGGCGGCGGCGUCAUUGAACGAUACCGAGAAAGUGAACUUCGUCCUUCGGGCCCUCGCGCACUGGGAAGAACGAUGGUUAGUGGUGUUUGAUAACUAUGACGAUCCCACAGUCUUUCCAUUUCCACAGAUCUUAACGUUUCUUCCGACUGGAGGCCAAGGGGAUAUCCUCUUCACUAGUAGGCAUCGCGGUUUAGAACGCUUAGGGAAAGUUCUCGACGUUCCACCGCUACCGAGCAAGGACGGUGUUAACCUCUUACUACGAGACUUUAAGGGGGUCAACCUAGAGAACUAUAUGUCGGAGGCGUCGCGAAUUGUUGAUCGACUUGGGGGUCUUGCCUUGGCUAUUGAUCAAGCCGCUGCGUACAUCCAAUAUCGCCAGUUAGCUAUUGAUCACCUCGACGAGUUUUUGAAGACCUACGAGAAAGAGCAAGAGAAAGUCCUCCAGUAUACCCCCGAGGAUAUCUGGGAGUAUGGGGCGAUGCGCAUGGAGAAGGGGGCUCAGGAGAAAGCGGGAUCAGCGUUCACAACAUGGGAUAUGUCGUUGCGGCAGCUCUCCCAAGGGGAAGCGGAACGAUCGGCGGCAGUGGCUCACUUCUUCGCUCUCUCCGCAUUCCUCGCACCUGCUACGGUUAGUGAGUCGAUAUUUCAUCCCCAAAAUCGAUCCUUUAAAGAAAUUACCCAGGCAGUCGGUCGACCACACAUUAACUCGACCUGGGACCAUGAUCAUUUCUGGGGGUUAAUCUUUAGAGCAAAUCGGUUAUCGUUAGUUCAAUCCAUCUCUCACGGCUCAGAACCAGACGGAGCGACCUUCUCUUUACACCCGCUUAUUCGCGACUGGCUCCAGCUUCGAGAAAAACGUCGGCAGCGUCGAGGGUUCACAAGUGAAAGUAUCGAGAUGGUCGUUAGUUCCAUCCGCGUGUUUAAGAAUCGUGGAACGGCUGCCCGAAUCAAGAAAUCCCUUCUCCUUCACAUGGAUACCUGUCUUCGGAACGAUAUCGAGUUCUCGAAAGUGGGGCAUCGAUUGGGAGAGGAGAUGAACAAUUGUGACGCGGCCAACUGCUUUGCCGAAUUCUAUUAUGAGCAGGGCCGAUAUGAGUCAACCUUUCUGUUAGAAUCGAUGGUGCAGAAGACCAUGAUGAAAAUACACGGGAAAGAGCAUCCCGACACACUGACGUGCAUGAGCAACCUGGCAUUGGUGCUAAGCCAUCAAGGCAAGUACGAUGAGGCGGAGCAGAUGCAUCGAGACGUACUGGGGAUCAGACAGAAGUACGAUGAGGCGGAGCAGAUGCAUCGAGACGUACUGGGGAUCACGCAGAAGGUGCUGGGGAUGGAGCAUCCCGACACACUGGCGAGCAUGAACAACCUGGCCGCGGUGCUGAGCCAUCAAGGCAAGUACGAUGAGGCGGAGCGGAUACUUCGAGACGUACUGGAGAUCACGCAGAAGGUGCUGGGGAUGGAACAUCCCUCGACACUGACGAACAUGAACAACCUGGCCGCGGUGCUGAGCGAUCGAGGCAAGUAUGAUGAGGCGGAGCAGAUGCAUCGAGGCGUGUCGGAGAUCAGACAGAAGGUGCUGGGGAUGGAGCAUCCCUCGACAAUAGCGAGCAUGAUCAACCUGGCCACGGUGUUGAGCCAUCAAGGCAAUUACGAUGAUGCGGAGCGGAUACUUCGAGACGUACUGGGGAUCACGCAGAAGGUGCUGGGGAUGGAACAUCCCUCGACACUGACGAGCAUGAACAACCUGGCCGCGGUGCUGAGCGAUCAAGGCAAGUACGAUGAGGCGGAGCAGAUGCAUCGAGGCGUGUCGGAGAUCACGCAGAAGCAUGGACCAUACAAGCGCAAGGUAGAACUAUGGGAAGCUAUCAAACUCAUAGCAGAGUGUGUGCAACUACGAAGCCGGAUCCUAGAUGCUAGGGCCUGUCGUCUUCAGCUACGCUGGCUAAGUGGCAAGGUUUGCAUUGAUAUUCAAGCUUACAAGUUUUAA